AUGAAAUCUAAGCGCAAUACGCGAGCUAAGAUCUUGUUGGAUGAAAGAGAAAACUCAGAUACGAAUACGAUCCCUACUGAACUCAUAAUCGAAAUACUCUCGACAGUGAAGUCUAUAGGGAGAUGUCGUUGCGUAUCAAAGCUCUGGGCCUCCACACUUCGCCUUCCGUAUUUCACGGAGUUGUUUAACAUCAGAUCUUCAGCUCGCCCGCAUCUAUUGUUCGUCUACAGAGAAAAAGGCAAGUUCCUAUUCCUCUCGUCACCUCAGCCUCAAAACUCGUCUCCUGUAGCCGUCAAGCAUCUUUCCCGUAUCUCCUUUGGUGGUUAUCAGUAUCACUGUGAAAUUAGUGGUCCUGUCCACGGCCUGGUCUGUCUCACAGAUAAAGAGUUUAUAGAGAGAUCAGAGAUGUCAAUAGUACAUAUAAUAUGUAAUCCUAGCACGGGACAAACAUUAACGUUACCCAAAGUGAAGAAAACGAGGAUGGUUGAGGUGAGAACCAUGCUUGAAACGAUGAGUUUUUUGGGGUAUGAUCCCAUUUAUAAACGAUUCAAGGUAUUAUCCUCGAGAUAUGACUUCGACCGUUGUAUCACCGAGCAUCAACUUCUGACUCUAGGAACUGAAAAAAUUGAGUGGAGAAUAAUACAAUGCUGCGUACCCCAUUAUUGUUGGCUUAAAGGAAUAUGCAUCAAUGGUGUUUUGUAUUAUAAAGCCAAAAAUUAUCGUACACGAACUUCUAUAAUAGUUUGCUUUCACGUUAUGUCUGAGAAGUUCAGUUGUAUUGAACUGGACACGACUUUCAAGAAAGCAGUAUUUAACCAAUCUAUGAUUAACUACAAUGGCAAAUUAGGUUCAGUUAAGAUUAACAGGUUUAAACUUGGUGGAACUCACAGUAUAGAGUUGAUGGUCAUAGGGGAUUCUGAAAAGCUGGAAUGGUCGAAGCAUACAUACAUACUGCCUUCUGUGUUAAAAAAUGUGGUUGGAAAAGACGUGUUACGCUUUGCUGGAGUUACUGAUAGUAAUGAAAUCGUGUUUGGUCACCCCUCCUGCGUUAUAUAUUACAACAUCGAAAAAAACACUAUCGUAAAAGUUAGAAUCCAAGGGAUGGAAGCGUUUCAGAGUACUAAUCUGUCCACCUUUCUAGACCAUAAGGAGGUCGACCCGAAGCUUAUGGAAGCAUUUUAA